UACCUCGGGCUUGAAUGCAGCGGUGGCAUAUUGCAAUUCUCUUACAAUGGGAUAGGCAUCGAGCUAACCGUCAUACUAGCCGAAGGCCUGCUCCUGAUUGCCUUUAUGAUCUUCAUGGCCUCCGGGUACUUGCCUUCCCGACACGCCCUCGCUAGCCAGGAAUUGCCCGCCGAGCAAGACGUCGAGGAGGAGAAGAAGAGGGUCAACGCUGCGCGCCAGCAGGAAGGGCUUGCAGGCUACUCGCUCCUAGCGUGGAGUCUGCACAAGUGGUUCGGCACCCUGCAUGCCGUCCGUGGCAUCUACCUGGCGCUGCGGCCAUCCGAGUGCUUCGGCCUGCUCGGCGUGAAUGGAGCCGGGAAGACCACCACGUUUCAGAUGCUGGCUGCGUUGAUCAGUGUCUCGAACGGCGACGCUGUCACCGCGGUAGCCAGGCUCAGCGGAAAUGUGCGCCAGUGGCAGUCGCAGAUCAGCUACUGCUUCCAGCUCGGAGGCCUGCUGGACAGGAUGAACGCGUACGAGUACCUGUACCUGGUCGGUCGGCUGCGAGGCAUCCCUGAAAACGAGUUAAAGCCCAUGAUCGACAGCGUCUUAUCCGUCGUCGAUCUCACGGAGCACGCCUCCAAGGAGUGCGGCGUGUACAGGUUCGCCGAUUUAUAUUCAUGCGGUUAA